AUGUGCGUUAAAGAAUUCUUCGGCUAUGAGUGCGGCCACUGUUCUAUUCCAUAUCUCCGAAAAUGCCCACUUUCGGCCUCCGACCCGUCCUUUCCAAUUUGCAACUAUCCCGCUGAGCGACCGGUCUUUACCGACGGAUACUGCCACGCAUGCUUUCGAAUUGUAUGGAACGCACGGGUCUUGGAAGAGGAGAAACAGCACAAACAAUGGCAUCUUAGUGGGGAGGAGUGCGAUUGUGGCACAAUUUUCGAGGGAGAGGAUGUGGAGAAGAGAAUAGGAUUGAUGGCUAGGAAGGGAAAGGGGAAGCAGGUGGUCGGAGGUGCUUAUGCUGGCCAGGCAAUGGAGAGCGGUAAUAGCUACGCGGGCAACGGAGCGGGAGAAGAAGGCGGGCAUGGAAGCCAGCUUUAUGGAGGUAAACACAAAUUCGCCGAUGAGGGAAGAUUUGAUGCAACUGCGGAGACAGAAAACAAAGCCUGGUCGGGCACUAACCCGCGAGACGAACGAGACCUGGCAGCCAGGAGGGCCGCCUACAAAUAUGUUGGAUACGGUAUCGAAACCCAGCCAACAUAUGGAUAUGACCAGACUCGAUGGUUUGCCGGCCAUCCAGAGCAAGGAUACAGGGGCCCAUUCCCUCCAGCAGCUAUGGAAGGAUCUAUUCAGCACCACUCGGUGGACAUGGGACAACUGAGUAUGCAUCCGAACGGGGGAGGUAUGAAAUGGUUCAAGGAGAACAUCCCGCCAGUCCUUCCAAGCGAUACACCAGGACCGAACUAUCAGCCAGGGCAAAGCUAUCAGCCUGGUGCAGGUAUGAAAUGGCACACAGAGAACACUUUACCAGUCCUCUCAAGCGAUCCACGAGGAGCGAGCCAUCAGCCAGGACCGAACUAUCAGCCAGGGCCGAACUAUCAGCCAGGACCGAGCCAUCAGCCAAGACCAAGCCACGUAUCCAAUGGUAGGAGUCUCAGAACGCGCCCAUUCAGGACCCAGUCCGAAUCAGACGGUGAACAUCGUUAUAAGGACCUUUUUCCUGAGUUUGAAGAACCCGACAUUCCGAGCCAGCCUAUCGUUGUCAGCAGCGACAUGUUCAAACACGGCUCCGAAUAA